ACGCACACGCACAUACGCACACGCGAAUACGGUCUCUCGGUCGCGUACCAGGUAGCCCUUCUGGAGAACCUUCUUCGACAUGUCCUUCUCGCGCGACAUUUCGAGUCCCCGCGAGUUUGCCAACAACUUUAUUCCGCUCGACUCGCAAAAAUAAUCUAUCGUAAAUUCGCGAUCGAUCCACGACGAUAUAAUAUCACGUAUGUUUACGAAAUAAAAAGUUGGAGAAGAAAAAUUGGAGCGCGUGAUUUUAAUACGAGAUAUUACGAAGUCACAAGUAUUCUCUCCCAAGGGACUCGAUAAUAUUCGAAAAGUAUGGGCGAGAAGACGUUCAAUCUUACAUGGAACAAUCACCUGGCGAAUCUGUCGGGUUUGUUCGAGGCUCUUUAUAAGAGCGGCUCGUUGACAGAUGCGACAUUGGCUUGUCAGGGCGGCAUGUUGAGGGCCCACAGACUAGUACUGGCAGCAUGUAGCCCUUACUUCGAAAGAGUCUUUAAAGAACACUAUGGAGAACAACCCAUCCUCAUUUUAAAAGGCGUCGCCGUAGAAGAGAUGGAAUGUCUCUUGGACUUCAUGUACAGAGGAUCCAUCGAUGUAGCGGAGGAGCAUCUACCCUCGUUAAUAAAAACUGCGACAGACUUGGAGAUACGCGGUCUCUCCGGAGAACAGAAGAAUCAGGAGAGCAAUCGCAAUCUUUACACGAGGGUUGAGACGCGGAUGCAACGAUGCCACAUCGAAACCAGAGUUCACACCACUGAAUAUAUCAAGGAACCAUCGGUGAUUCCUUUCCUGCCGAAGCAUUCGACCGUUGAUUCCAUAGAAGACCAUAUUAAAGUGGAGGAUAUCGAAGUCGAGGACGACCCGAUGGUAAUCGACGGGCACGAGGAUAGUUUCGACGAGCUUCCGCGAUCCACCGAAACACAAAUUAGACGUAUACCACCACCGAUGUACAAGCGGGAAACUAGAUUCAAAGGGCAAAAGAGGGUAUCUGUAGGUCGUGUGACACGAAACAGCGAUCCUCCGGAAUCGAAAGACUCCUCGCGAGAGUCAAGCUACGAGGAUUCCUCUAGAGUCGUCAAACUCGAGCCUAAUUUUAAUGACGGAUCUACAGAUGUCGUGAUAUCGGACGCGGUACAGGAAACUUCGAAAAGCUCGGAGGAACCGGCAAAAGCGGGAAUAAAGAGAAAGAUCGAGGUCUUGAAGAGAGGAAACGAAGGGAAAGAGGCGAGAAUAUCUAGCAAGUCCGAAAGGGCGCAGCAUAAGCCUUUCUCCUGCGACCUUUGCACGUUAGCUUUCACAAGAGCCUCGCACUUGGCGAGGCACAGAAGGGUGCAUACGGGCGAGAGACCGUUCGCCUGUAGUAUCUGCCCGCGAAUGUUCGCUAGACAGGACAAGUUGAAGCAACAUCUGGAUUCGCACUUGCAAUGGCCGAAGAGGAAGGGCAGCCAGACGGUUUCCUCGGUGCCAGGAAAAGGAAAACGUGGCCGACCACGUAAGGUUAAUUUGGAACAAUCCGCAAUGGAAGAGAUUUUCAAGUUUGGUGAAUUUAGCUCGCUGUUGAAUAAAUCGCAUUCCGCGAAUUUGACGAAUAAGAGUGAAAACGCUGGAAACACCGCAGAUGACGGCAAGAAGAAGGAAGCGCAUCGAGAUGAGGACGAUGAGUCUCAAAGGGAAAAGGAUAACCGUGGUUGUCAGGUCGAAAAUGGCCAGGAUAUUGUUUAAUAGAAUCUUUUUUGUAAUCUGGAUUUAAAUAUCCGUAAAACAUAUUUUUCUAUACGCAAAACCGCGUCGCGCAAACAAAGAUCAACGCAAUGAAGGAAGAAAUCUAUCGAGCUUCUGCGAAAAGUCGUGGUAUCCUUUUCCUUGAAUUUAUUUUAAUUCAAUUUUAGAGAUUGUAAAAUUCCUCGUCGUUCUAACCGGUUAUACACGUAUAGAAGUGUGCAAAAAUCGCAAGAAUCCUCGUGUCGCUGUUAUUGCGAAUUGUUUAACGUAAGUACCUGAGAUAUCGACUACUAACGUUACUACCAAAGCGUACGAGCCUCCAAAGAAUCUAGAAUGGCAUGACAAGGGUCGAGGAAAUCGAUUAUUAUAAUCGACUUGGUACCGUCAUCGAUCGUUAGUAUCAAACGAUAAGAAUCCAGGGAUACCUGCGCUCUAUUAACCCGACCAAAUAUACGCGUGAAGAAUGGCGGCCUGACUUUCACUGUAAACAAUCUCGGUCUCUCAAUCUAUCAUCGCCCGAGAUAUACAUACUUAUGAUAUAAUUUUCAAUAAAAUCCUUACAAUCUGCCAAUCGAUGGCCAACUCGGCUCAACGAUAGUAUAAGAUGCAUGGGUAUCUUUACGAAAAGUAACUUAAUAGCGUAAUAGUCAUAGCGUAUUAGACAAUUUUGUCUGAUACAGUGUGAGUCAUGCCUACUAGUCGUAAUAUUUUGUUAUACUCGCGAGUAUAUAAUAUGUCAAGUACAAAUGUCCAAAUAUACUUUAGAUUAUACGCGUAUGAUAUUCUGUCACGGCGUAAAUCAAGGAUGUGCGAGCGCUCGUGUGAAUAUUUUCCGAGCGAAAUUUUUCAGCGUAUCCGACACACAUUUCGUUCCGAUAUCUUUAAAUCGAAUCGUAUUUGGUAGCGGAUUUGAAACUCUUUGGAUACUCGAGGCAUCUCGAGAGUGCUCGAUAUCUCGGCUCACUCGAAUCUUAUCAGAAUACAAUUUUAUCGGAUUUCCUCCUUAGUUUUUAAGAAGAUAUUUUUAGUUGGAGAAGUUGAGAUACACAUUUGAGAUUAUAUAUAUACAUACAUAUACGUAUAUAUAUACACAUGUAUAUAUAUUGUAUAUAACAUUAGCACGUUAUAUACGUAACUACGUUAUAUAUACAUGUGUAUAUAUAAACAAAAUCUCUAAACAAAGUUAACAUAAUUGAACAUAAUAACGGAAUAUAAUCAUUUUAUUUCGAGUAAUCCGAUAAAAUUCAUUAUAGUAUGGGAAAAAUUUCGGGAAACAUUCGAGUCACAUCCGACCUGAUUUUAGGAACGUUGCGAGUAUCCGCGCGUCUUUAGCGUAAAUGAAUGAGCCUAGAGAUUCCUUACGAUUCGGUUAGAUUCGGGACACAUGUGUAACGAUAUUUUUUCAUAGAGCUUACGAUUUUUGUGCAAUGCCGACGAUGUUGAUCAACAUUUCGUCCUACUUAUGAAUAUUUGCAAAUUUAAUCUUAAUUUUUAAAACAUUAGCAAAUUUAAUCUUAAUUUUUAAAACAUUAGUUUGUAUAUAUGUCGAAGCAUCGUGUGGUAUCAAUGUCCUUAUAAUUGAUUAUAAUUGUUGUAUACUUAGUUGUUGGUUGUACAAAUUCUGUGCAUUCUGUUUUAUUGAAUGGCUGUUGCUCCGUCUCACGGAGAUGACUGUUUACCAUGUCUAUCUUUUCUCCUGGCAAUGUGCAAUUAUUUCCAGUGAUACCGAAUAUCCUGGUCGCUGUCGAGCGAACGGCGAGGUGCGAAAGGUUCAUAUCUUACAUUCUAUAUAGUAUGUAGCGCAUGUAAAUAAAUGAAUGAACAAAAUAAAUUUUCAAGCGAAUAAAGGAGAAAACCCGCUUUUCGCUUUCUAAGCAUUCGCUAAAUUAAUUUUGAGCGCGUCUUGUCCGCCUGCUCAAAUUAUCGAGUUGAAAGGAAAAGUAGAAGAAAAUGUCUCAUUACAUUAGCCUCCA